AUGAUGGAAAAAGCGAACAAUAACCAAACUACUCAGGCGGGUACCAGUGUAGCUGGAGAAUCCCGUGGUGUGUCGACAGAUGCCUCUGCGGCAACUGUGGACACACUCAGCCCAAUCGUAUCUGAGGGGGCAAUUGGUCGCUGUGUUGUUAGAUUGGAGAGAAGUUUAGAGGCGGAAUCGCGGCUUGAGUCGUUAAUGGAAGACUCUGCGAUGAGCCUGAGCUCAACGGGCAAGUUGAGCUAUAAUAAUAGUACGGGUAUCCCAAGAACACAGAGGAAACCCAUACGUGAAAAGAGGAUACGGUCACCUGAGGGGAGUAUUUACAACUCUGACUCUCCUAGCGAUAAGUCAGCUGCUCCGUUGCCCAAAGUACCUAAGACAAGGGGAAGGCAAAGAUAUCCAACUUCUUCUAUAAGAAGUGUUGGUCUUAGUAGGGCCACUAAGAAAUUGGUAGCCAAGCAUGGAGAGCAGCGAAAAGAGGCGGAAGAAUGUGCUGAGAGUGAAGCGGCGAAGCUUGUUGAGGAUUAUCACCUAGCUAGAGCUUCUUGCCUGAGUGACACGUCCUCCAUUAUUGAGGUGGAAACUGGUGAAAUGUCUCAUGGCAUUAGAAACUUGAUCUUGCAUUUGGCUUCCAUGGUUAACAAUGUCGAAGUCAAGUCAAGAAAUAUUAAAGGGACUUUCAGGAAAAGUCUUAAGGAGGUAGUAGCUGGCUUGAGGGACCUAGGUGAAAGAGUUCAUCGCGUAACUGCUUCCGAGGAGACUGCAAGGUUGGAACGGGAAUUAGGUUCGAAAAAUGAGGAGCUAAGACUCAUGAAAGAGAAGUAUGAAAGAGCGGAGGCAAUGAAUGCCCGCAUGUUUUCUGAGUUAGCCGAACUUCGUAAAGAAAUGGCGGCAUUGCGUGAAGAAGCGAAACGGGACGAUGGAGAACGCGAGCGUAGACUUAUGGUCCAAUUUGGAGAAUUAGUCAAUGCACGCUUUGAAGCCGUUGAGUCUCGACUCUUGCCAGAAACCCGCGUCAGACCACCGCUUGCAGCGGACAAGAGGAGAAAAGAAGGAACAGCGAAAGCUAAUCCAAGUAAAGAAAAGUCUCAGGAGAAGAAAAAAUCUAAGAAGUCAAGGGAUUCGUCUGAUGCCCAAGCACAAUUGCAAGGUUCUGGCGCAGCAUCUACAUCCCAUUCUAAAAAGAAGAGAAAGAGGAAUAAAGGAGGCAAUGGGAAUAGGACGGUGGCUCAAGCACCUAUUUCAGCAGAUGAGCAUCGUCUGGUUCCUGUUACUGAUACCCUUAGGAAAGAAAGUUGGGCUACAGUUGUCAAAGGAGGUAAAACCAUCCAGAGAAGUCAGCAGGUUAAGAAGACGACCGCACAGUCUACACGGCAAAAAGCUGCAAAGCUGCGUCCUCCAAGGUCUGCAGCCAUAGUUUUAACGCUGCUUUCCGAGGGUGUAGACAGAGGUUUGACAUACGCUCAGAUCAUCUCUGAAGCAAAAAAAAGAAUUGAUCUAAGUAGUCUUGGAAUCGAGUCUGUCCGCUUCAAACGUGCCGCUACAGGAGCCGCUAUUAUUGAGAUUCCUGGCGUGGCUAAUGAGGAGAAGGCCGAUCUACUGGCCAAUAAGUUUAAGGACGUACUGAACGAAACAGAGGUGCGGAUCACCCGACCGAUGAAAUGUGCUGAACUGCGUAUUUCCGGGCUGGAUGACUCGACCUCUUCUGAGGAAGUGACUGCUGCCAUUGUUAAGACGGCUAGCUGUCCUCCAGAGAUGAUCAAAAUAGGUUCCAUCCGACGCGGUCGGUCAGGUACAGGAACGGUAUGGGUGAGAUGCCCUAUAGCGGUGGCCAAAAAACUUUCAAGUGAAGGAAAGUUACUGAUUGGUUGGGUGUCGGCACGGGUUCAGCUUCUUGAACGAAGGAAAAGGCGUUGUUUCAAAUGCCUAGAAGUGGGACACGUCCGAGAACACUGUAAAUCAGAAGUCGAUCGAGGUGCUCAAUGUUACCGGUGCGGUGAACUGGGGCAUAAAGCAAGGGACUGUUUGGCAGCGCCACACUGUACUCUUUGCGCCUCAUCUGGCAUAUCCGCCAACCAUUCUAUUGGUAGCAGAGCGUGUGGGGCAUCCAAAAAAAUGCGGCAUCGUUCAGCUGUACCUGCGGUACAACCACAGCGGCUGGAUGCGGAGAUGGAAACAGAACAUCCCACUUAA